GUUAUUAGGUACAAAGAUGUCAAAUUAUAAAAUAUAAAUUUAUUAUAUUGGAACAGACUGCGAUGGGAAUAAUUUUUAGUCAUUCGUCAAUCUGCAUUACUUUGGAUUAAAAUCAUUAUUAUUUUAUAUUUAUUACAUUCGUGCCGUUCUUUAAUUUUAAAUACUUGAAAAACACCGAUUGUGCGAUUGAUACUGACCAUGUGAGACGAUAACUAUUACGGUUUUCAUAGUGAUUACUUAAUACUUAUUUGUUCAAUUAGACCGCAGAAUGUAUGAAAGAAUAUAAUAUGAUUAGACUUUAAACCAAAAGACAUUAUUACAAGUUCGUCAUUGUCGUCGUUUUCUCUUAGUCUUGAGACGUUGCUGUUCGAUUUUUGUACAAUUUACACGGUUUGCAAUGCGAUUUAAAGAUAAUAUACUUCAUCAGGUAUAAAUUAUUACACAUUUUAAUAAUUGUUUGUCAGCUAAUGGUGAAGCUCUAUCAUCUGACAAUGAGUCACGACAUAGAGGAAACAGAGAGGUUGAUUACAGCCAAAGAUGAGCAUAAAGACUCAAAAUGUUGUGGUUUCUGGUGUCAACUUGUACUCUCAUUGCUCGGCAUUAUAUUUCUAUUCACAGGAAUUAUCAUGGCCGAUUUGUGGCCACAGAUAUUUGACAACAUAAUGAAAAAUAAACUUGAAUUAGAAAAUAAUACACUAACUUAUGAGUAUUGGAAACAAAUUCCAGCGCCAUUGCAUAUGAGUGUAUACUUGUUUAACUGGACAAAUCCAGAAGCCACGCUACAGACAGGAGAUUUACCAAUAUUGCAACAGUUAGGACCAUACGUCUUCAGAGAAAACCGUACCAAAGUGAAUGUGACAUUCAACAAUAAUGAAACAGUAACAUACAUGCAGUUGAAAAGUUGGAAGUUUGAUCAAUCUCUUUCAAAUGGCUCAUUAUCCGACCAUGUUACCACAAUUAAUAUUGUGGUUAAUAUUUUGGGCGAAAAACUACAAGCCAUGAAUAAACAUUGGAUAUAUGUUCUUACUAACUACUAUUUGAAACUGUCAAACAUUAACAAGCCAUAUGUAACAAGGACAGCUGGCGAAUUAAUUUUUGAUGGUUACGAAGAUCCGCUUUUGGACAUUGCAAUCAAACUAAAAGCUUUUUUCCCCAUUGACAUACCGUUAAAAAAAGUGGGAUGGUUGUAUGGUAUGAAUAUGUCUACUUCGUCAGAUGGCUUAAUCAACAUGUAUACUGGGAAAAAUGACAUUGAAAAUGUUGGACUUGUGCAUUCGGUCAAUUACAAUACAAAGUUGAAUGUGUUCAAGAAAGAUUGUAGUUAUUCAAAUGCUUCUGCAGGAGAUCUAUGGCCUGAACAUACUGCAAUGCAACCUAACAUGUCAAUUUAUAUACCUGGUAUUUGCAGUGCAAUUACUAUGCUAAACAACAACUAUACAUUCAUUAAUGGUAUAAAAGGAGUUGAAUUUGUUGCUGGAUCUGAUGUUUUUAACAAUACUUGUUAUUGUCCAACAUCUGGAUGUCUGUUGCCUGGGGUACGGCCAUUAAGUUUAUGUGGAGACAAUGCACUUCCUAUAUUCAUAUCAUUUCCACAUUUCUAUUUAGCUGAUAAAUCGUAUAGAAAAUCAGUAAUUGGUAUGAAUCCCAACAGGACUUUGCAUGAAUUUAAAAUGAUUUUGGAAAACGAUUAUUCAAUACCGCUCGGAGUAUAUGCUAGACUUCAAUUUAAUAUCAAAGUGAAACCAAUAAAGGAAUUAAAAAUUUUGAAAAACAUGCCAGAAAUCUAUUUACCUGUGUUUUGGUUUUCUGAAAGUUUUGAAAUUCCACGAAAUAUGUCCGACCAAUUGUUGAUUGUUACUAACGUAUUGCCAAUGUUUGUCCCUUACGUAUGGCUUAUAUUGGCAUUAUCCGGAUGUAUAAUGUUAGUCUUUAGCACUUAUCUAUGGGUGAGCAGAAAAAAUGAAUCCUUCACCAUCUUGGAUCCCAUGUGAUAAAGACGUUUUUUUUUAUGACGAUCUCAAUAUUCCUAAGAGAAAUAUAUCAAACUAAAAGCAUCACUUUCCGGUGAUAUAUUACCAUUUUUAACAUGGCCAUAUUAAAUAAUUUUAAAAUGUAUUAUAUCUUAUAUUAUUGAUGAGUUAAGAACAUGACAUAGUUGACUAUUAAUUGUUUACUUUCCCUUUACUUAAUCACAUUUUUAAUUACAUAAUUUACCUAUCUAUUAUCUUAUAGAUUACUUACUUUUAAGAAAUUCUAUGUACUUUUUAUCUAUGUUAUUAUUAAUUUAAAUAUUAUUCUUCAUUGUUUAAAUACCUAUUGUAAAUCUUUGAAAUUUCUGUCAAGUUAAAUUAAAGUGUGCAAAUUAUAAAUCGAAAUGUAAAUUAAUAGUGAUAAAAGCCAUGCUACAUGAAUAAGGCCGUGACAGAAAAAUCCACACUAAUUAGUAAAAUAAAUGUAAAAAAAAUUUUAUUAAUUUUUUUUUGACUAUAAUGUGUAUGAUAAUGUUGCAUUUUUAAAUGUUAUAUUUUUCAAAAUUACUGCCAAUCCUUUAUUGGGAUUAGUUUACAAUAAAUAAUAUUUGUUAUGCCAUAUUACAUUUAUUUUUGAUUAAA